CUAAGCUCUCGAUAAAUGUGCGAAAACGAACUCUGCUUGCCCAGUUCGAUAACAGUAAUGCUUUGUUAUCGAGAUUGCGCGCGCUGCAUGAAAUGUAACUGUAAACUUUUGGGCUGUAUGCGAAACGAUAUAGAAAAAGAUACGAAUUUUGUGCCAUGAAUCUGGGUGAUGCCAAUCUGUUGACCGUACGGGUGCUGGGCGAGGGCUCCUUUGGGCGCGUCUUCCUUUGCCUGCAACGCGAGGGUCAAAAACAGCGCAAAGUGUGCGUCAAGCGCAUCAUUGUGCGAAAUCCGAAGAGUGAGCUAGCUCUAAUUAAGGAGGAGAUCUAUAUCAUUUCACAGCUGCGACAUCCGCAUAUUGUGCAAUUCAUACGCUCCUUCAUGCACCUGGGCACUGUCAAUAUUGUGAUGGAGUAUGCACCCAACGGCACCAUUCGCGACCUUAUCCAACGGGCUGGAUCAAAGUCAGCUGGCGGUGAUGGUGGUGCGCUGGAUCAGUCGAGGAUAUUGCGUUACUUUAGCGAUAUGAUCAUGGGCCUGGAGUAUCUGCACAUCCGUCACGUAAUCCAUCGCGACAUCAAGCCGGAGAACAUGCUGCUGGACGCGAAUGAUCGCGUCAAGUUCGCCGACUUUGGCAUAUCGAAUGUGCAUACGCCCGCCAAGCAGCAGCCGUGGCAGGUGCUCGGCACACCGCUCUAUAUGGCGCCAGAGAUAAUGUGUGGGGCCAAAUGUGAUUUCAAAUCGGACAUCUGGUCGCUGGGCCUGGUGCUCUACGAGCUGUGCAUUGGUCGCAAUCCCUUUCUGGCAUUGCUCAAGCCAAACGAUCCGUUCGAGCACGUUCGCAGCGUUGUCAAGUCGAUGACACGGCCCAAGCUCAACUGUCAGCUAAUACGGCAACGUUACGAUCCCAUUUGGGCGCGCCUCUGCGAACUGAUGGUCGUUUACGAGUCGGAGCAACGCAUCUGUCUGCCCGAUCUGAUAUGUCUGGAUCCGCACAUCACACUCACCAUUUACGGCCAGUACUUUAAUUAUAAUUAUUAAUUUGUAAUAUCAUUCCAUAAUUGUCAUCAUCGCCAUUCCCCCUCCUCCCAUCAUAUUCUGUGUCUUGGUUAAGGUUGGGAUAUAUAAGUACUAUGUAAACAUUGUUAGCUUUAUUACUAGAUAGAUCUACAUAUUUUAAAUAUUAUAAGCACAUAUU